GAAAUUAAAAGCUGAAACAUGGCGGCCUUUCCAACGAAGAAUCCCAUUUCCCGUGUCUUUAUCAUUCUAAAUUAAAUAAAUUAACAGCGGUUUAUCAAAUUUACUUUGUUUUUAUAUUUUUGUUGUGAUAGAAUCUAUAUCAUAGCUUUUAAGUACCCUUUCACACAUUUAUAACCCCAAACUCUUUCACCCUCUUUGAAGACUUCUAUAAAUUUUCUCUUCCAUUUUCUGUGUCUCUGUCUCUCGAUUUCAUCGGUUGUCCUUUUUGGGUUGCGGGAGGGGAUAAGGAAAUGAAGAAAUCGAAAUUAUUGAAGCUAGAUAGAUUAGACAGAUUCGAUAUGUUCAUUUCCUUAGCAAAGCAACGAUCGGUUCAGAUUCUGUUCAUCGUUGGUUUUCUGUACUUAGUUUUGGUUACCGUCGAGAUCCCAUUUGUGUUCCGGACUAGGUUAAAUACUUUGUCUCAGGAACCAUUAACUCGGGUUCCUAGACUCGCUAGCGAGGUUGAAUUUCAAUACAAAGAGGCACCGAGUCGUCCCUUGAAUUGGGUUUCCGAGAACGCGCCCACCCCAAUUCAGUUUCAACAUCAGAAGCAACUAAAACCCCAGUCUACGAUCCUUUCUCGUUUGUCUUUUGAUGCCGAAUCCUUUGACCCGACUGCGAAAGACGGGUCGUUGGAGCUCCAUAAGUCAGCAAAAGUUGCUUGGGAAGUUGGGAGAAAGCUGUGGGAAGAACUCGAAUCAGGGGACGUCAAAAUUGGCUCUAUAAAUAAACCCAAAAAACCCAAGAAUGAAUCCGAACUAUGUAGGCCUUCGGUUUCUUUAUCGGAAUCGGAGUUUUUGGCCCACGGCAAGGUCAUGGUGCUUCCCUGCGGGCUUACUUUGGGGUCUCACAUAACGGUGGUAGGGAAACCGAGAGCAGCCCAUGCGGAGACAAAUCCGAGGAUUGCAUUGCUAAAAUCCGGGGAAGAUUCUGUUAUGGUUUCGCAGUUUAUGAUGGAAUUGCAGGGGUUGAAGACGGUGGAUGGGGAGGACCCACCGCGGAUUCUUCAUUUUAAUCCCAGGUUGAAAGGGGAUUGGAGUAGGAAGCCGGUGAUCGAGCAGAACACUUGUUAUAGGAUGCAGUGGGGAACUGCCAUGCGUUGUGAAGGGUGGAAAUCCAAGGCUGACGAUGAGACUGUCCUUGCUUCGCUGUCGGCAAAAUUACAAUAUUGCUGUUUUGAAUUGUCUGCAAUGGGCUUCAUUAACUUCAUCACUGAUUCUCAUGCCCACAAAAUUGUCCACUCUGCAGUUGAUGGUCAGGUCAAGUGUGAGAAGUGGAUACGAGAUGAUAAUGACCAUUCAGUGGAGUCUAACGCAACAUGGUGGUUGAAAAGGUUAAUAGGUCGAACAAAAAAGGUGACUGUUGACUGGCCCUUCCCAUUCACUGAGGGGAAGCUUUUUGUCUUGACACUUAGUGCUGGUUUGGAGGGAUACCAUGUUAGUGUUGAUGGGAGGCAUAUUACUUCUUUUCCUUAUCGGACUGGGUAUACCCUUGAGGAUGCCACCGGACUAAUGUUGAAUGGAGAUGUUGAUGUCCACUCUAUUUUUGCGGCAUCUUUGCCUACGUCACAUCCUAGUUUUGCUCCUCAAAGGCAUCUUGAGAUGUCCAAUAGAUGGAAGGCUCCACCACUUCCUGAGCAACCUGUGGAUUUGUUUAUUGGUGUACUUUCUGCAGGCAAUCAUUUUGCUGAGCGAAUGGCUGUAAGGAAGUCUUGGAUGCAGCAUAAACUUGUUAAAUCUUCACAUGUAGUUGCUCGUUUCUUUGUGGCAAUGCAUGCAAGAAAGGAAGUGAAUGUAGAACUGAAGAGAGAAGCAGAAUUUUUCGCAGAUAUCGUCAUUGUGCCAUAUAUGGACAACUACGACCUUGUCGUGUUAAAAACUGUUGCCAUCUGUGAAUAUGGGGGACGUGUAGCAGCCGCCAAGUAUAUAAUGAAGAGUGACGAUGACACAUUUGUGAGAGUAGAUGCAGUAAUUAACGAAGCAAAGAAAGUACAUCCCGAUCGAAGCUUCUAUAUUGGCAACAUCAACUACUACCACCGGCCCCUACGUGCUGGUAAAUGGGCAGUAACAUAUGAGGAGUGGGCAGAGGAAGUUUAUCCGCCAUAUGCAAAUGGACCUGGAUAUAUAAUGUCAUCUGACAUAGCACACUUCAUCGUCUCUGAAUUUGAGAAACACAAUUUAAGUUUGUUCAAGAUGGAAGAUGUGAGUAUGGGGAUGUGGGUGGAGAAAUUCAACAGCUCAAAGGCGGUGGAUUAUAUACACAGUUUGAAGUUUUGCCAAUUCGGAUGCAUAGAAGGUUAUUAUACAGCUCAUUACCAGUCACCAAGACAAAUGAUGUGCAUGUGGGACAAGUUGCAAAAGCAGACAAGGCCUCAAUGUUGUAACAUGAGAUAGUUUAUAUAUAUAUAUAUAUUAUAUAAAUAAAUAUUUGGUUUUCCAUUCUUGGUAUCUCUCUCGGAUUAUAUUGUAGGCAGAUUUUGCAGCUAUAGUCUUUUUUUCUUUGUAAAUUUUUUUACAUUUUGGGUUAGUUGUAUUUAGGUUGUCUCAAUUCAAAUUUAUUCUUUUCAA